AUGAAGUUCUCCACCUCCAUCGCUCUUUUCGCCGCCGGCGUCCUCGCCGCGCCCAGCGCCAGCGACCUCUGCACUCGCGAGGAGGUCAGCACCGUCAACACCAUCAUGACCACUGUCCUCGAGGGCAUCCAGUCUCUCGAUGCCACCUGCGCUUCUUACACUGGCGGCCCUGGCCAGGAGCUCGUUGACGCUUCCAACAAGAUGCUCACCAUUAUCCGCACCGCCACCAACAACGCUGCCUCCAUGCUUCCUCUUACCAUGGAUGAGGCCAUCGCCUUCCAGCCCCUGUCCGACAAGCUCAACGCCGCUGGCGACAAGCUCCUCACCGACAUCCAGAGCAAGACCCCGCUCUUUGCCCAGAGCUGCAUCUGCGAGGUCACUCUUAACUGGGUCGCUCAAAUUGGUGUGGAAACGUCAACACUCUCAUGA